AUGUUCAUCUAUCUAUCUAUCUAUCUAUCUAUCUAUCUAUCUAUCUAUGUUCAUUAUUUAUCUGUCUACCUAUGUUCAUUAUCUCUCUCUCUCUCUAUUUCUAUCUAUCUAUUGAUGUUCAUUAACUAUCUAUAUUCAUUAUCUAUCUAUCUAUCUAUCUAUCUAUCUAUCUAUCUAUCUAUCUAUCUAUCUAUCUUCAUCUUUCUUUUCUUUCUUUCUAUCUUCAUCUUCAUCUUUCUUUUUUCUAUCUAUCUAUCUAUCUAUCUAUCUAUCUAUCUAUCUAUCUAUGUUCAUCUUUCUUUCUUUUUCUUUUCUUUCUUUCUUUCUAUAUAUAUAUAUAUAUAUAUAUAUAUAUAUAUAUAUAUAUAUAUAUAUUAUAUAUCUAUAUAUAUAUGUUCAUUAUUUAUCUGUCAUUCAUCUAUAUGUUCAUUAUCUAUCUAUCUAUCUAUCUAUCUAUUCAUCUAUCUAUCUAUCUAUAUUCAUUAUCUAUCUAUUUAUGUUCAUUAUCUGUCUAUGUAUCUAUCACUCUAUGUUCAUUAUCUAUAUUCAUUAUCUAUGUUCAUCAUCUAUCUCUCUAUGUUUUUUAUCUAUCUAUCUAUCUAUUUAUCUAUUUAUCUAUCUACGUUCAUUGGGGAUCAGUUAAUCAUUUAA